AUGGCGGGAUGCAUGAAAGUGAUGAAAGACUGCCACUGUAUGGCAAGAAAACUGUUUGUUUUUGUGUUCAUUCUGUAUUGUUUGCCCCAGUCAUCUCACCAAGAUACCGUUGUCAAUCUCAAAGAUGGAGUAGAACAGGUUUUCUCUGGUUCAAAAGUCCUCUGUUACCAAAAUCCAAUUACUCCUACAUGGAAACAUACAUGGACGAGAAUUCAGGUGAAAGUGUGGAGCUCAAAGCUCUUCAAAGUGCACAAUGUGGAUGAUGAAGAGCAGCUGCAGGAGCUGGAGCGCUGGAGUGUGUGGGGCUGGGUUCAGAGCUGGCUGCGUGAGCGGCAUAAUGAAACUUCCAUUAACAUUAACCUCUUCAACAAAAAGACAUGCCUUCAAAUUGAUCCAAGCGAUGGAACAGAGUUUACCGUCAAAUCCUUUCGUAGAUUUGAUAUCUAUCUGUUUUUGGUGUUCCUCACUGGAGGCUUAUUGUUCAUGUUUGCAGAUUCCCUCAGCAAGAGUCAACUUUUUUAUUACUCUGCUGGCAUGAGCACAGGAAUGAUUGCAUCCCUCAUUAUUCUCUUCUUUGUGUUGUAUCGCUUCAUGCCAAAGAAAGGCCCCUUUUACCUCCUUGUUGCUGGUGGUUGGUCCUUCUCUGUUUAUGCCAUUCAGCUUGUCUGUAGAAAUGUUCAGACCAUUCUCAAAGAUCACUGGCAUUUUGCUUUAGGUUAUGUGACAGUUGUGGGGUUCAUCAGUUUUGCAGUCUGUUAUCGAUACGGCCCCCUGGUGGAUGAAAAAAGCAUCAACAUAUUGUCCUGGACUCUUCAGCUGUUGGGACUGCUCCUCAUUUAUGCAGGCAUUCAAAUCCAGCCUGUCGCUUUUGCCAUCAUCUUGUCACUUGUGUUGGCCAAAAAUGUGGAUUACCCCGUGUCUCUGGCUCUAAAUCUCUGGAGGAAACUGAGGCGAUUUGUGAACUGUAAGCCAGAGCCGCGCCGCCUGUUGACCGAGGAAGAGUAUCAGAGGCAGGGGGAGGAGGAGACGCGGCGUGCCCUAGAGGAGCUGAGGAAGUACUGCAAGAGUCCAGAGUUCAACACAUGGAAGACUGUGUCCAGAAUGCAAUCCCCACAAAGAUUUGCUGAUUUUGUUGAGGGCUCUUCUCACCUUAUGUCAAAUGAGGUGUCUGUCCAUUCUCAGGAAUAUGGAUUUGGAGGAUCAUUUUUUGAAGAUGAUAUUUUUGACACUGACGAUGAAGAUUUAAAACCCACUACAGAUCCACAGUGA